GAACGCGGGGCCCCGCCGCGCCUGCUCCUUAGCGGGCUGGGCCUGGCCGGCUGGGCCUGGGCUCCACCUGGGCCGAUCCCCUCCCCCCCCGGGCCGGGCCAAGCCAAGCCAAGCCCCCCCUUGUCCCGCACGGGGCGCUGCUGAGCCCAUCGGCUUCGUCCAAGGGGAAAUCUGCACAGCCCGACACGUCCCACGGAGGCCUCAGUACACAUGGGUCCCGUUCCCCCCCCGCCCCGGUUGUACAUCAGUGGUACCAGAGCCUAACAACCAGCCUGGCACCCUGCCUACAGCUUCCUGGAAACCUGCCUGGGGAGCUGCUUUUGUUGGUCAAGCUGGCAGGAAGGUCAAAAGUAAACACGUGGCCAAAAACUGUGUUUUAAAGAUUUCCAUUCUCGCUUUGCGUGAGCAAUACAGGUGAGAAAAUAUUUUAAAUCGACCAUGUCAUUAGCUGGUGGGAAGGCCUGCUCCUGCAAAUCACUUCACCCGGACACAAUAGUGCACCUGCCUGCAGUACAGAAGUUUCAAAGACUGUUUAAAAAAAAAAAAAAAAGAACUUGCACAGUUGAGGUGCGUGGUGCUCAUUUGCUUUAAAAAGCUAAAAGCAGAAAUAUCCAUUUGCCUGUCACAUCUGGUCAAAAGCUCAUCCAGCAUGAUGAUCAUCAGUGAUCUGAAGUGGAACAUCCAAUUAGGAUGUUUUGAUGAAAAAAUGCAGCUAACCUUGCCGAGUGGGCAUUUUGCUUUUCUGCUUUGUCCUGCCGAUCACAGCGACUGGUAAAAGUGUAUGUCCUGCUUCUUUUCGUGGUUGCUGUCGGGUCAGGCGGAAGUCGGAAAACCUCGGAGAAGCUGCUACACUCUUCCAGGCUAUGACUUUGCAUAUGGGUUAUACCUUCAUGGGGCUGACGGAGGAGUACCUGAAGCGAUAGGCCAUUGGCACUCGAUGAAACCCAGGCCGCCUUCCCCAAGGGAGAUGCCACGGAAUUACAUUGCCAUGAACCGUGGAGCUGUUAAGGCUGGUUAUGUCACAGCACGUGAAUACAACCUGUACCACCAGCUCAAGGACAUCCGCUGCAAUGAAGAUAACGAGAGUCGUUUUAAGAGAGCCCACCCAAGAGUACCUCCAGAUAUGACCUACGGAAUUCCAGCACGGCCUUCCACUCCCUUCUUCGACCUUCUCCAGCACAGGUACAAGGAGGUGUGGAUGGAGCAACAGAGGGUAGUAGCCAAUACCCAGCAAGUGGAAAAAAAAAAGUUGCAGAAAAAUAAAGUCUAUGAAACUCGGACCACGCUUCUCAGAAAACCACCACAGCCUGUGAAAUUGGAUUCCCUUUGGCACAUGCCCCACUUUCAGAAGGUUGGUCCUCAUCUCAGUACCUUUCCAGACCGUGACGCUCAUAAAAAGGCGUUCAGUGUCUACCACUCAGAAAUGCCUGUGAGAUGUGGUCCCCUUGCCCAGGGCAUAUAUACAGCCGCCUGAAAGCUCCACAGAAGUCAUUUACUGAACAAUGUAAUAUGUUAGAAUACUAAGUUAGCAAUAUAAGAUAGAUUUUUAUUCUAGUGUACAAUUAUUUUUUCAAGUUUAGAAAGGCUACAUUCAUGUUGUAACUGAAUAAAUCAGCACAUUUACCAGUUUCUGGCUUGCCAUAUACAUUUCUUCACUAGGAGCAUAUGCAAGCAUUUUAACCAAUCUUAUCAUAUCAAAUAAGAACUGCCAUACUGGGUCAGACCAAAGGUCCAUCUAGCCCAGUGUCCUGUCUUCAGACAGAGGCCAGUGCCAGGUGCCCCAGAGGGAAUGAACAGAACAGGUAACAGGUAAUCAUCAAGUGAUCCAUCCCCUGUCGCCCAUUCCCAGCUUCUGGCAAACAGGAAAAAAUCCAUUACUGUGGUCAGGUUAAUAAUGCUACAGUGCAUUUCUCCCUUGGAUUCAAAAUGGUAGCACAAAGCCACCCUUACUAGCUUGAUUACAUAGCAUGACUACACUGAAGAUAGCUCUUCUUUCUUCCAUAGUACAUUAGACGGGAGUAACAGUCCCUAGUUCCCUGACUUAUAUCUUAUCAUUUAUAUAAUAUUUUUCAACAUGUUCCAAUUGAUAAAUAAGUCCUCCAGUAGGCCCACCCUCAGAAAAGCAUCUAAUGAUGUAUUUAACUUCAAUUGGACUUUAAGUAUGUGCUUAAAUACUUUACUGAAUUAGGGCCUUAGUGCAAAGUAACUCUUUACUUGAAGCCAGACAAUGAUGAUGACAUUUGUACUUGAUUAACUCUUGGCUCCUUGUAGCAAUCAGGCCUGUCCAUUUUCCACAGGGCUACCAAAUGAAUUUACAAGCUCAACCAACUUCAGUACAAGUAAUGACAAUUAUUAUUAUUUCCUAUAAAUAUUACAGUAACGCACUUAUAUGCCCCUUUGUGCUAGACACCGUACAAACACAUAUGAAGACCCAGACCUGCCUCUAAAGAGCAGCAUUUACACUGGCAAGUUUAAAAAGGCCACUCCCAGCGGGAUUUAUUUUGGGGGAGGGAUAGCUCAGUGGUUUGAGCAUUGGCCUGCUAAACCCAGGGUUGUGAGUUCAAUCCUUGAGGGGGCCAUUUAGGGAUCUGGGACAAAAAUGGGAGAUUGGUCCUGCUUUGAGCAGGGAGUUGGACUAGAUGACCUCCUGAGGUCCCUUCCAACCCUGAUAUUCUAUGAUUCUAUGACCUUAAGAAAUUGCCUCUGAAUAAUGGGUCUGAUCACUUUAAUUGCUUUUCUGAAAAACUGUUUGCUGAAUAAUGAAUUACUCCUGUGUUUUCUGCUUUUCAGCUCUAUUAACAUGUCUCAUGUUGUACCAGAUAUAUUUAAAUACAAUGUUUUAAACAUC